AUGCAGCGCGAAGAAAGCCAGGGUGCGGAUCAGCUCGGGGUGGACCACAUCUUUGCGAGCGUUCUUCGGCAGAACAAAUGGUUGGUCAAAGGCGUGGGGCCGCUGGAGCUGGGCGAAUCUGUUCCAGCUCCACCUGUCAGUGGCUCUUCUUUGCAAGAGGACGUUGCGCCGACAAUGGCCGGUUCAGCUGUGAGGGUGGCCAUAGUCAGCGCCCAUGCUCCGUUGGCCGACGUUUUCUCUGACCAUGUAGAGCAAAGUGCCAGAAGUGCGGGAAUUGGUCCUCUGGACUUUGCGUAUUAUGGUGCCUGCUACCUUUGCAUGCAGUCACCCAGGUGCUUGGAACGAAAUGUGCCAAGCCGAGCUGAUAGCCUGUGCGAGUAUUUUCACGAACCAGACGUGAGCUUCGAGCAGCUCUAUGAGAUUGCCGAUGAUAUAGUUCGCAGGGAGGGAAGUGCUGAUAUGAUUGUUUGCUAUAACGUGCCUCUCUGCUACAUGCUCUUUAACCUUUUGCCAAGUAUUCCGCGACUGCAGUUUCUUGGCAUGAACCCUUGCCACGGCGUUCCUGCAAGCUUGUCCGGCGCGGUGCAGCUCGAUCUUGUACGGAGAGCUGGACAAGGGGACCUUAUCUUCUGCACGAGUGAGGUGACCUGGGCCCUGCUCGACUAUCACAUCGGUAAGGUGGCCUCCAAGGUUCUUACAAUUACGCUCUUUAGAUCCCAGCUACUGAAUUGGGCCGUGCAGAUUCCGUGGCAGCUGAGCCGCCGGGUGCUUCUGGCAUCCAGCUUCAUAAUGCAGAGCUCUGCCGUCUACCUCGCCAUGAGGGCCGUACUGCGGCAAAUGGCGUCAUUCGAGUUUUUUGAGCACACUCAUAAUACGUUCUGGAGCUUUAAUGAGCUAGAGCAUGUCGAGACGGUGCUGAGUCACUGUUGUGCGGUUUACUUCCCGGAACACCCGUACAAGAACUAUUUCAAUGACCUGUAUUCCAUGCUGCUGCCGCUUUUUACACCAAGCCUAAACUUCUUGGCCCACAUCUGGCUGCACGUUUCGAGCUUGGAUACAGAGGAAGUGUAUGAUGGCUGGUUCGAUCGCGCUAUCCCGCGAACACGGUUGAGAGUUGGAGCUAGUGAUGAUGGCUUAGCUCCGUUCAAUCUGAGCAGCAAUGGAAUGCAGAAGAUCAUCAAGUGGACUGCGUCAGCUGACUACUUCCAUUUCCCUGGUGUGAUAAUGUUCAAUGGUCUUGCCGACUUGCAGCGUCAGUUGAAGUCCCAAGACUUGCAGUUCAGCCUGGACGAUGCACGCAAGAGGAUGCGUCAGCAUGUACGGUCACGACACGAGGAUGCGGUGCAGAAGUGCGGAAGGUUGCUGGAGCAUUUCGUUGCAGCGGAGAAAAACAGAACUGAGAGAAGUGGCAUACAAGGCCUUCCCUGGCUUCACGCCUACCUCGUGGAGAAGCAGCCCAAGGACAGGCUGCUGCAUGCACUGGGCCCUCUGCAAGAUCGGGCCCACCUCCUGCCCAUGGACAGCGUGGACGCGGCUGCCGAGUUUGGCAGCGCGGGCCUCGUCGCGGAUGCAGUGUUCCUGGAUGGGGACCACACUGCGCACGGAAUUCGUCGUGACUUGGCUGCCUGGUCGCCUUUGCUUCGCGAUGGUGGCCUCCUCGCGGGCCAUGAUUUUUCUUGGGAGCACCCUGGGAUCCUGGAGACGAUCUUCCACGAACGAGCGGGCGCAGAGCUUUACCUGGCCCCGGACCACGUCCCGAGCUCGGACUGGCAAAAUUUGAGAAAUUGUAGAAAUCACACUAGUAGGAAAGAGGUGCGGCAGAUGCAAGAUCCUGCAGUUUGCGCGGCGAAUCCGGAUCUUAUCGGUCCAAGGUUUUCUAUUGGUUCCAGGCAUCCAAUCAGAGCCGCCUGCACAACGAAAGAAGCUGACGUGCAUUAUCGUGCAUUCCUGUUUGAGCUGCACUUGCUGGUUGACUUUUCCGCAAACAUCUACUUGUGGCAGCACUGCAGCAGUCCUCCGGCAUGCCGCAAGAUUUUCAGGCGGAGUCGGGUCUUCCCGUUUUGCCUUGCGAAGUGCCCCAAUGUGUUUUCCUUCAUUCAGCUGCCCCCGGCUGUUGCGAAGGGGUGGUACACAGAAGCUCAUUAUGAUCGCGAUGAGAUUAGUGCAACUAUAGUGAUCAUGAGCCAUCCGGCUCACCAGGACCUCCGAGAAAAGCGAGAGGAGCUCAACCGCCAGAUCCUGAAGGAAGAGGAGGACAAGGCGAAGAUCCAAAAGGAGCUCUCCAUCCUAACGGACCGCCUGCAGAAGAUCAACGAGAGUCUGGUGCGGAAGACCCAAGCGCGAAACGAGUAUGACAAGACCAUCCAGGAGACCGAAGCCGCUUACAUGAAGAUCCUCGAGUCCUCGCAGACACUGCUGCACGCUUGGGCCCUAGAAGGCUUUUCGGUAAUAUGA